GGGCAGCGUAAUGUGUUUGUGACGCAAGGUGACAGACGGAAUAAUCACGGGAAGCGUCGAGGGAUAAGGUUACUGUGAGUGAAUCCUGCUAAUUUUUCCAAGCUUUUUUAUUUUUUUUACUUAUUAGAGUUUCUUGUUUUGUGGCUUGUUGCAUUUGAGGUGUACCAGAGAAGGUGUGACAUUUAGUGUUCCUGCACUGUGUUGACGUGAGUGAAGCGGGAAGGAAGGAUGGCCCAGGGCUCUCCACAGCCAAGCAGUAGCGCCCUCCGCGCGCUGGCGCUAGAGUACAAGAGCCUCCAGGAGGAGCCUGUCGAGGGGUUCAGGGUGAAACUGGCCAACGACGAGAACCUCUUCUGCUGGGAGGUGGCGCUCUUCGGACCGCCUCACACACUAUACGAGGGUGGCUACUUCAAGGCACAUUUGAAUUUCCCGUCAGACUACCCGUACUCGCCGCCCACGGUCAAGUUCCUGAGCAAAGUCUGGCACCCGAACGUGUACGAGAACGGUGACCUCUGCAUUAGCAUCUUGCACGCGCCCAUUGACGACCCGCAGAGCGGCGAGCUGCCCUGCGAGCGCUGGAAUCCCACGCAGAACGUCAGGACGAUCCUGUUGUCGGUGAUAUCGCUCCUGAACGAGCCCAACACCUUCAGUCCAGCCAACGUGGACGCCUCCGUCAUGUACAGACGUUGGAAGGAGUCCAAGGGCAAGGACAAGGAGUACGAGAACAUCAUUAGGAAGCAGAUCUCGGCGUCUCGGAAGGAGGCCGAGCGUGACAAUGUGGUGGUACCUCUCACCCUGGAGGAGUACUGUGUCAAGCCCAAGGCGCGGCCGCCACCCGACCCGGUCGACAUCACAGACUUUUACGACGACGACUACCUGGAUGACGACGAUGACGACUCGUGUGAUGACGACGAACUGGACAACGGCGAUGACAGCGGGAACGGCGAGUUGUGAUAGCGUCGGCAGCGCGCCGUUACGUGACGUGACGUGACGGUGGGGGUGCUGUGACGGCCCCGGUCCGUGACGGAGGGACGCCCGGCGGUGGUUCGGGCGGUGACGCGUCGCUAGCAGCAGUUGGCGUAUGGAUCGGUUGUGCUGACGAUAAUAGUUGGGUAUCGCGGGGAGGGUGGGGGUGGGGCGAUAUUGUGGUAGUGACUGGGUGAGCGGCGGCCGGGUGGCAGUCGGUACAGAGGCGCCGUGUGGUGUGUGCGAAUGUCUGUAUGUGAGCCAGGGUCCGGGUUCGUCGUUACGUGCGGCUGAGUGCGUACCGGACGGGGGGAGCCGAACGCCGCACGCCCGCGACCGCCACCGACCGCGGCUCGCGACAGGCGCUCUAAUGGUGGCUUUUACUCAUCUAGUCCAUAGCCAAGGCUGCAGCGACGCUCACUUUCGUUCGUUUUUUUUUUUUUUGCACGGUCUUCGAGUGGUGGUUUGUGCGUGUCCGACGCGCCGGCCGCUAGUUGCUAUCUCUGUACAUUUAUCAUCCAUCGCAAUAUAAUGAGUCUGAUGUCA